GCGAGAGCCACGCACCACCCCGUUACCAUGCCGCCGAAGGGAAAGAAGGCCGAAGAGCCCACGCGCACGUACCUGGGCCGCCCCGGUAACAACGUCAAGAUCGGCAUUGUCGGCGUCCCCAACGUGGGCAAGAGUACGUUCUUCAACUGCCUGUCGAAGCUCCACAUCCCCGCCGAGAACUUCCCCUUCUGCACCAUCGACCCCAAUGACGCCGUGGUGCCGCUGCCCGACCAGCGCUUCAACUGGCUCGUGGACAAGUACCAGCCCGCCAGCGUCGUGCCGCCCGUCAUCUCCAUCACGGACAUCGCCGGCCUCGUGCGCGGUGCCGCCGAGGGCGCCGGUCUGGGCAAUGCCUUCCUGUCGCACAUCCAGGCCGUGGACGCCAUCUACCACAUGGUGCGCGCCUUCGACUCGACCGAGGUGACCCACGUGGAGGGCAACGUGGACCCCGUGCGUGACAUGAAGAUCAUCCAGGAGGAGCUGCGUCUCAAGGACAUUGAGCGCAUCACCAAGGAGUGCGCCAGCGUCAAGAAGCUCGCGGAGCGCGGCGUCGGCGGCAAGGAGAAGAAGCUCGAGUAUGAGGCUCUGUGCAAGAUCCAGGAGUGGCUCGAGUCGGGCAAGGACGUGUCCUUCGGCACGUGGUCGGCCCAGGAGGUUGAGAUCCUCAACCAGAUGCAGCUGCUGACGGCCAAGCCCGUGGUUUACCUCAUCAACGUGAGCAAGCGCGACUACCUGCGCAAGGGCAACAAGUACCUGCCCAAGAUCGCCGAGUUCAUCAAGGAGCGCGGCGGCAACGAGCCCGUCAUCCCGCUCAGCUGCGAGUUCGAGCUCGAGAUGCUGGACCUCGAGGCCGCGGGUCAGCUGCAGACGUACUACAAGGAGAACCCGACGCACAAGUCCAUCCUCAACCGUGUGCUCAAGAUGGGUUACUCGGCUCUUGGCCUGAUCCACUUCUUCACGGCCGGCAAGGACGAGGUGCGUGGCUGGACGAUCCGCAAGGGCCGGCUGGCACCCCAGGCUGCCGGUGUCAUCCACACGGACUUCGAGAAGGGCUUCAUCAUGGCCGAAGUCCAGGCGUUCGCUGACCUGAAAGAGCUGGGCUCGGAGGAGGCCGUCAAGAAGGCCGGCAAGCUCAAGCAGCAGGGCAAGAAGUACGAGGUCCAGGACGGCGACAUUAUUUUCUUCAAGUUCAACAACUAAGUGGGUAACGUGCUGCCACUGGUGUUGAGUGAGACGAACAAGUGCGGGUCUCCUGCUCCAGCAAUGCCCUGGGUAUUGUGAGGCCUUGUUCCAGGUGAUG